CCAUCAGCUGCCAAUUCAGCACAAACAAAUGUUCAACGUAAUAGACGAAAAAUUAGAGGCUGACAAGUGCUAACCAACUGAGAAGCCCAUUUAUACCCAAUAAAAUCGCGAACAUCCUGUCAAUCGAAAUGGAUUCUUCGAGUUGGCAGAGUCGAAUGGCGGAACGGAAGAAGAAACUCUCGGAUUUGCAUCGCCAACGCACUCAAUCCCGCCAAUUGAAUCACGCCGAGGUGGUCGAAGAAGAUCGUCGCCAACAAGAGCCCAAAAACAUGGAAGCGCGGAAACGUCGGGCCCAAUAUCUAUUGGAAGAGGAGGAGAUGCGGCAGAAAUGCGAGGAAGCGGGUAAAGACUUUGAUCGCGAGAAAUUGCGACGGGUCGGGGCUGACGAGGCUGAGGCUCAAGACAAGCGCAAACGCGGCAAAAUGGACCCGGAUCAAGGGUUUUCCAGUUUCGAAGCCGCCACUGCCCGCAAAUACAACCAAUUGGUACGCCAGAUCAAGCCCGAUAUGGAACAUUACGCCCAGGCCAAAGAAAACGCGGGUGAGGCCUUUUACGCCAAUGUAGGCACCGUGGUUCACGGCCUCCACACGGAUCGGAAAGCGGCCAUUGACCGUAUGGCCGAGGAUGUGGAGAAACAAGUGGAGAAGCGCGACAAGUUCAGUCGACGACGCAUGCACGAUGCGGAUGCCGAUAUCGAUUAUAUCAACGAGCGGAACAUGAAGUUCAACAAGAAAUUGGAACGGUUCUACGGCACCUACACGCAAGAAAUCAAGGACAACUUGGAGCGAGGUACGGCCGUCUAAUCGAUAAUCCAUGGCAUUGCUUUGGUCCACCACUCGUCAUCUACAGUUCUCAACGCAUUCUGGUUUCGUGUACUACUAUUCUCUUAUGUCAAUACAGAUUACAGCUAAUA